AUUUAUUUGCCGCACGCCGAGGCGUUCACAACGUUCAAAAGCUGCGCGCUCAAGCGAAAAAAAAAAACUACAGAAGCAUCGGCAAAGCAGUGCGAGAAAAACGCGAAAAGUGCAUCUAAGAUAUCCGCUGUAAAAUUUAAAUAAUCCAACCAUAAUCGUGAUAGAACGUGUGCCUACCAUUACGCAUAAAUUAGUUUCCACAAUCUAUUGAAGUAAACAUCUACGGUUGAAGGACACCUUGGCAAUAAACUGUACAAUCGGCAAAUACAAUUAAGGAAAAUCACUAAUCAACCAAGCCAACCGGCACCUGCAGUCAAAGCCAUUUAAAAAUGUCGCCGCUGCUUCCACUGGCAUCUCUAAUCAUCUUGGCCAAUUUGGUGGCAGCUCGACCCUAUUCCUAUGGUCCACGGGCAGAAGCGCCUCCCACGAGAUUGGCCAACCGGAUUGUGGUGCAGUCGCCCUCGCUGGACAACUUGUACAUGGACUACGUGGUCACAUCAAAGCCGCUGAAUCUGCGCAAGUACAACAAGAACGGCAGUAAGACGAAAAAAACGAAAAAGGAUUCGAAAAUAUAUUACAUACCCGUACCCCCACUGCCCUUCCGACACAUACCCGGCAUCGGCUUGGACUAUCAGCCGAUGAAAAUCAAUCCCAUUCUUCAAGAGUCGGAGAGCACAACAAGGAAGACCACAACGCUGCGCCCACCGACGACGACAUCUAGCCCCAAUCUGGACCAUCGGAAUCCGAGUAAAGUACUUCGAGUGCAGCACCUCAAGGAUUACUACUUCAAUGGGCGUCCACAUCGACUGCAGGUGGCCCAUGCCGAUAAGAAGUCCGGACUGACGGCCCUUAACCUGAAGUCCAACUUUUACUAUAACAAAAACAUUAUUUAUUAG